AUGCUGGGUAUUGAAGGGCUCUCGGACGCCUCCUUCCGUGGCGAUGAGCGCUGGAGAAAGGCGUCCAAAUGGACGGGCUAUGCACCGUGGGUGGUGCUUGUGAUCGGUAUUCUAAGUAUGGUCGAGAUCGCACUCGGGGCGGUUUGGAUUGCGUCGUUGACCACUGAUCUGAACUUCGGUCAAGUCAUCCAGCCCAUCCUCAUCCCAGGCUUGGCCUUCUUCAACGCCAUCCCCUCCCUUCACCUACACGUGCUUGCAAGGGUAAACCCACCUCGACUGGCGCUAUGGUUCUCCGCGACGCUCUCGAUCGUCCAUUUCAUCAGCUCCAUCCUCUUCAUGGGCGCCUGUGUCGGAAACCACUCGCACGGCUCGCUGCAGCGUAACGAAUGCCCCGCCGCCACGGGCGGGAAUGAAGACAUCUGGGACGUCAUGGUCGCGCUGCAGUUCGUCAGUGCGGUCCUCUACGGCGCGGUCGCGGCCAUGGCUUGGAAAGUCAGGACAGUGGUCGAGGCGAGGGACGAGAGGAUCGCCCAGGGGGUGGAGAUGGUCAGCGAGGAGGAGAAACAGAGACGGGAGAGCGAGGCGCGCGAGAGGUGGAAGUAUCUCUCUGCAGGUUAA